AUGCCCGGCUUUGAACUUGGCGAGUCCAUCCCUCCCGACACAGCACAUGCUGUGAGCGUGUCCCUACCAACGUGGAAGUCCAAUGUCGCCUACGAGGAGGGAGAGGAAUGGGUUGUUGGUCGCAUGACCACUGGUUACCCCAGAUUCUUUGUGCACAAGAGCAUCGGUGCCUUUGCAAAGGACAUUAUUUCUCGUCAUGGGCGUUCAGGCCAGCAGGCCAUGCUCUUUCCCACUCCCAAGGUGGCCAGGAGAUGUCUCGACUUCAUCCGCCAACGAGUCUCGCCAGAGCUCUCGGGCCAGCUCGGCGUCAUCGACCUCGCUCUCGACACCUCGAAAGACCUGUCGGCCCUCUUGAAGAAAUUAUCACCCACCAUGUCAGCCGUCGUCUUCCCCGAAGAAGUAUUCUCCAUCGCCAAGCAGUACUGGCAGCACACAGGCGACGGUACCUCGAGUCGCCGUGCCGAGUUCUGCCAUACUCUGUUCAUGGAUCAUCUGCUAGUCGCAACCACCGGAACGCAGACUACCCAUGAGACCUCAGCUAGGCCUUUCCGAGGCCCCAAGCGAUACCAGCGUCCAGGUUCCAUCGACGGCGCCCCUCCCGCAAACCUCCGCACUUCCUCCCCCAAAGAACCCGAAGAGUCGCUAGAGAGUUCUCAAUUCCUAGAAGAGCGUUUUGGCAGAAACCUCAAUCUCUCCUUGGUCGAGCGUGCCAAGUCAGCUAUUCGGAGACGCAUCGCCGGCGCCCUCGCCCACGAAGUUGACCUAAACAAUGGCCCCUUGCCUUCAAUGACAACCAAUACCCGAGGUAUCCAAAGUCUAGAAGAGGGCGACGUCUAUCUUUACCCCUGCGGCAUGAACGCCAUCUUUAAUGCCCAUAGAGCCCUCCUGAAGGCGCGGGAACCGCGGAAAAGCAUCAACUUUGGUUUCCCUUACGUCGAUACGCUUAAGAUACUACAAAAGUUUGGUCCUGGCUGCCUUUUCUAUGGACACGCAUCAGCUGAAGACUCAGAUGAACUCGAGGCCAGGCUCAAAAAUGGCGAACGCUUCCUCGCCCUCUUCUGCGAGUUCCCUGGGAACCCCCUCCUAACUUGUCCAGAUCUCGUUCGUCUCCGAAAACUUGCCGACGAAUUCGACUUCGCCAUUGUAGUCGACGAGACGAUAGGCACUUUUGCGAACAUCAAUGUACUGCAGUUCGCCGACAUCGUCGUAAGCAGUCUCACCAAGAUCUUCUCGGGCGACUCCAACGUCAUGGGAGGUAGCCUUAUCCUCAACCCGGAGAGCAGGUAUUUCAAGGCCCUGAAAGCAGUCAUGGAGGAGGAUUACGAGGACACGUACUGGCCCGAGGACGUCAUAUUCAUGGAAAGGAACAGUCGUGACUUUGAUUCUCGCGUGGAGCGUAUCAACGCGAAUUCGGAGGCUAUCUGCGACGUGUUGCGUGCGCACCCACUCGUGCAGCGCGUCUACUACCCCAAGUACAACCCAUCCAAGCCUCAUUACGACGCCUGCCGCCUACCUAAUGGAGGAUACGGUGGGCUGUUGUCCGUUGUGUUUGGUCGCAAGGAGCUCGCCCAAGCAUUCUACGACGCCAUGGACAUCGCCAAGGGGCCAAGCCUGGGCACCAACUUCACACUGUGCUCGCCAUACGUCGUCCUGGCCCACUACCUAGAAUUACCAUGGGCCGCGCAGUUUGGUGUGGACCCAGACCUUGUCCGUAUCAGUGUCGGCCUCGAGGAGACAACCGCAUUACAGGACACAUUCCGAAAGGCGCUCAAGGCUGCUGAGGAAGUUUUGAGUUCUCAGGGAUAA